GAGGCCCCGGGAAGACCGCUUCCCGUCGUUCUCUGCGGUCUUGGGCGUGCGGUGGAGUGCGUUUCCGUUCUGCGCAAGCCGGUACGGAAGUACCGUGCUGGUCGGGGCCCGUGGUUCGAACCUUGUGCUGGGCCGCGGUUCUCCCGGAGAAAGUAUGUUAAAUGGUGAGGGAGAGUCAGGUUGUGGCAAGAAUGGGAACAAGGAAGAUGGCACAGGCUGUGAGGAGGGUUUGGGGGCAGUCUGGCUUUUUGCCCCCAGCAUGCUCCUGGAGUUACUGCUUCGUGAGGCUGUGUCAUCGGUGGUCGGCUGAGGCACCUCCAAAAAUCGACACCCCAUGUGUCCACGUGAAGAGGAAGCCCAGGGAGAAAAGCCACAGGUCUCCAUGGACUGCCUCGGUGGCCCCACCAGCCCUGCUGGCUCCAGAGUUCAGGCCAACAGGGGACAGGCCUGACAAGGCCACCCAUCUCUGGCCACCCUGGCUUUGGGUCACCAGAGGACAAGGAAGGAGAGAGUUGACUGGACUCACUUCCCGGGCCAGGCCGGCUGCUCCUUCCUGCCUUCAGCCCCAUCCGUAGCCUCAGUUGCUGGGGUGGCAGGGGGCCGGCAGUGCUGUCCUGCUGCACCCCCGCCCACAGGGAGUGUCCUGAGGACUCCUGAUGGCUGUAGCCUACAAGGUCACUUGACAUGGAUUCAAGCAAGGUCACCACAAAGAUACAAAGACACUGUCUGGCCCUUUGCCUGGAGGCAGCAAAAAGAGAACACCAGUAUCAGCACAUUAGUUCAACUUGUUGGUUGACUCCGUCGUCUGGGAGCCGUGUCUCAGGUGAGAUCUGGUACCUGGGGGCUGUGUGGCCUCACGUGCUCCUGCUGUCAGGCUGUGGGGGCAAGUGCCAGCGGAGGGUCAGUGCCUAGAGGUGGAACAGUGCUGAGAGCUGGGGGCCCCUCAGGCAGGUGUCCUCACAGGGGUGAAAAACCUGGGGUACCCUGGUGCUAGGCAUGUAGCUGGCCUCUCUGGAUGCCGUGGUGAAGGGCUUGGGGGUCCCUAAGCCUGCAUUCCAGCACAGUCCACAGAGACGGAGUUGACUUAACCUUGGGCUCUAUCAGCCUCUGCGAGCUGGACGCAGGGUGAAGUGGCAGGGGCGACGUCUCUAGUCCUCCCGUGUUCCUGUUGCCGUGGCACUAUGACCCACACGGGACCCCCCACCUCCUGCAGGAUGAGGGCCUCAAGGCUGAUAGAGACACUACUCGCUGUGGCCAGUGUGCUGCAGGUGGCCCUGUCCCUAAGAAUAGCUGCCUUCAACAUCCAGACUUUUGGGGAGACCAAGAUGUCCAAUGCCACCCUCUCCCACUACAUUGUGCAGAUCCUGAGCCUCUACGACAUUGCCCUGGUGCAGGAGGUCAGGGACAGCCACCUGGUAGCUGUGGGGAAGUUGUUGGACAGCCUCAACCAGCACGCAACAGGCACCUUCCACUUCGUGGUGAGUGAGCCGCUGGGACGCAACAGCUACAAGGAACGCUACCUCUUCCUGUACAGGCCUGACCAGGUGUCCGUGCUGGACAGCUACUACUAUGACGAUGGCUGUGAGCCCUGUGGGAACGACACCUUCGCCCGGGAGCCGGCCAUUGUCAAAUUCUCCUCACCCUUCACGCGUGAGCAACCCCACUCCUCCCCACAAGCCCCUGGUCAGUGCCCUCUUUGUGACUGUGGUUUGCCCUCAGAAGUCAGCAAGUUUGCCAUCGUCCCCUUGCACGCAGCCCCGCUGGACGCGGUGGCCGAGAUUGAUGCUCUCUAUGAUGUCUACCUGGACGUGCAAAAGAAGUGGGACCUGGAGGACAUCAUGCUGAUGGGCGACUUCAAUGCUGGCUGCAGCUACGUGAGCCUCUCCCACUGGGCGUCCAUCCGCCUGCGCAUGAGCCCCACCUUCCGCUGGCUGAUCCUUGACAAUGCUGACACCACCGUGAAGUCUACACACUGCCCCUACGACCGGAUCGUGGUUGCUGGAACAUCCCUCCAAGACGCUGUUGUCCCUAGCUCGGCCAUGCCUUUUGACUUCCAGGCUGCAUAUGGACUGAGUAACCAGAUGGUAUGUUUUCUGCUUUUCUGUCCUCACACCAUGGGGACUUGGUACGUGACACACAGCAUGGUGUGACCCCUGGCCAUAGCAGCUUUUUGGCUAGAUGGUUCCUGAAGUCACUGACUGGGGAGAAAAGGCCAGAUCUCCUUCCUGGCCCGCUCUGGGGUAGGGAGACCUGCAGAGGUGGUGGCGGUGUCCUCCCCUGCUCCUCUUCCCUAACAGGUGCCCAGAGCACUUUGUGGGUGCUGGGUGACAGCCCACCCCAUACGAGCAUCAUCUCCACAAUGACCGCAUGUUUCCCCUAGGCUGAAGCCAUUAGUGACCACUACCCUGUGGAGGUGGCACUGAAGUGAGCCUGAUGCAGUGGCACCCCGGCCAGCAGCUGGGAAUCCGGUGACUCAUGGGUGGCAGAUUCAGCCCCAGGGCCUGUACACUGACCUGACCUGUGUGCCACAGUCAAGUCCUCGGGGGGGCAUGUCGACACUGGUACAGAGAUGUCACUACCCC